AAACUUAAAGAAGUGCGCUUUGAAAGUUAAGUUUUAUAUUAUAGUUUCCAAAUCAUGUCGAACAGUCGGAUAUCAGUUUUUCAGGCGGGCCUAUUUGCUUUGGUUGUUAUCCUUCAGAGUACUUUGACUUACUCGAAGUGUUCACUGGCCGAAUUGACAUUUCAAUUGGGUGGUAAUAAUCUUUUGUGGCCAUGUUCAUCGACGAAAAAUAUUUACAUUCAGACGGGUCGAUAUGUCCCGAGAAAUGUUAUUGCAACCCGGACGCAAAUAUUGGGGGAUACAGCGUUUGUGGCAUUGCCACGCUACAAACAAGGUGUACCAUUUACCUUGGGUAAGGUUGAUUUGAAGAAGGGUGAAUGUUUGCCACCAAUAGCGCCGUAUCCAUGCUGGGCCAUUCAAGAGGAAGGCAAUUGUGCAGCGUUGCAAUCGGUUGUGGAUAUUUUUGUUGAUCACAAUGGCAUUCUCUGGGCUUUGGAUGUUGGUAUUGUCAAUACAUUGGAACAACCCAUCCGAAGGUGUCCACCAAAAAUUGUUGCCAUUAACACGUUGGAUAAUAAAGUUGUCAAGAGCAUCGAUUUGUCACCUAUCGUAACACCAGAAUCACGACCUCAAUUUAUGGCCAUCGAUUACUCCAAGGACAAUAAGCCUUUUGUAUAUGUCGCUGAUGCUGGAACUCGAAGUAUUCUAGUCUAUGACGUGAUUGGAGCCAAAGCAUUCCGUGUUGUAUUACCUAAAGCAGCAGCACCCAUCAAUGACGUCCUUUAUAUUGCUCUUGCCGUUAAGCCAUGUGGUGCUGCAACUAUGUUCCUUACCUUCCUCAGCUCACCUCGGAUUUAUUCAAUAAAAACUCAUUACUUGCGUGUGGGACAAGGUGCUGGAGCUGUUGUAGAUGUUGGUCCAAAACCCUAUGGCAAGCCCUUAGUAUUUCUAGGCACAGAUGGUGGAGCUUCUUUAUUCUUGAGAUUCAAGGGUGAGAAUGACAUCUAUAUGUGGGAUUCAGCAACGUGUUUUAAGAUGGCUAAUUUGGUUGAAGUGCAGAAUGGGGGCGAUUGUCGUCUAUCUACUCAGGUUGUGCCAGGACAUAAAAAGUUUAUGUGGGCACUGGAAAGUAAUUUCCAUGACUUCAUAGCAGAUACGGCAGGAUGUAAUGGAGCUUCUAUUGUCUUGCAUCCGGUUACGAAAGAUCUUCCUGAAUGAUGUUCUCUGGUAGCGCAUUGAGAACAUUAUGUAUUAGUUGUACUAUACUUAUUAUUUUUUCUUAUUUAUUAUUAUAAGCAUCGCAUGUUCUGAAUGUAGAACAAGAAAAAUAAAACAAUUUGUCUGCUCCAAAAAUUCACAAAACAAGUCAGAUAAAAUAAUAGAACUGCAAUGGACUCAUUGUUACGGAGACAUAAAAUUUGUAUAUUAUUAAGAAUGUAUUAUUAUUUACAAAAUACAAUAAAGAUGAA